AUGUCACAAAGUCGCCCUGGGUUGUUCCCAAGUUUGCGCAUGGGUGGUAAGAGAAAAACCUCCCCCUCUGGAAUCAAUUGUGGUUCUUCUUUCCUCCCCCAAACUCCCCCCAUACUGACUCUCUUUCUUUUCUUCUCUGCAGAGGUCAUCCGCGAGAAGGUCCAAGAUGGACUGACGGGCGAGGCCAAGGAGAUCUCGUAUACUCAGUGCAAGAUCGUGGGCAAUGGGUCCUUCGGUGUGGUGUUUCAGACCAAGAUGGCCCCCAGCGGCGAAGAUGCUGCCAUCAAAAGAGUCCUCCAGGAUAAGCGAUUCAAGAACCGUGAACUGCAGAUUAUGCGGAUCGUGCGCCAUCCAAAUAUCGUCGAGCUCAAGGCUUUCUAUUACUCCAACGGCGACCGGAAAGAUGAAGUGUACCUGAACCUCGUCCUGGAAUUCGUUCCAGAGACUGUGUACCGCGCCUCCCGUUACUUCAACAAGCUCAAGACCACGAUGCCAAUGCUAGAGGUUAAACUGUAUAUCUACCAGUUGUUCCGGUCGCUGGCAUACAUUCACUCCCAGGGGAUCUGCCACCGUGACAUCAAGCCUCAAAACCUACUCUUGGAUGUCAGCACCGGCAUCCUGAAACUUUGCGAUUUCGGGUCGGCCAAGAUCCUGAUUGAGAACGAACCCAACGUCUCCUACAUUUGCUCUCGCUACUACCGGGCGCCCGAGUUGAUCUUUGGUGCGACCAACUACACAACUAAGAUUGAUGUGUGGUCGACCGGUUGUGUGAUGGCCGAGCUGAUGCUGGGGCAACCGCUCUUCCCUGGUGAAUCGGGCAUUGACCAGCUUGUGGAGAUCAUCAAGGUUCUCGGCACCCCGACUCGCGAACAGAUCCGCACCAUGAACCCCAACUACAUGGAGCAUAAAUUCCCUCAAAUCAAGCCCCAUCCCUUCAACAAGGUUUUCCGCAAGGCACCCCCGGAGGCUAUUGAUCUUAUCUCGGCUCUCCUGGAAUACACCCCGACGCAGCGUCUAUCGGCCAUCGAAGCCAUGUGCCAUCCCUUCUUCGAUGAACUGCGAGACCCGAACACACGACUACCGGAUUCCCGUCAUCACAACAACCCGGCUCGGGAGCUGCCCAACCUCUUUGAUUUCUCGCGGCAUGAACUUUCAAUUGCCCCCGAGUUGAACAACCAACUGGUCCCAGCCCACAUCCGCCCGGUUCUCGCUUCGCGGGGGCUCGAUCUCGAUAACUUCAAACCUCUUUCCAAGGAGGAAAUGAUGGCGCACCUCGACUGA